AUGUAUCCUGGGAGUAGCUCGCGAGACCAAUACUCAGCUAAAGGGAAAGAAAUUGUUGUAAUGGAACCUGAGAUUUAUAAACCAAUAGAUGAUGAUGGUGAUUGGGAUACAGAUGAUGAGCUAGAAAUGGAAUUUUUGCAGGCUACACUUCAUGAUCAAAUCAAUAAGGACAUAUGUGAAACGAGGGAUUCUCCUGAAGCUGCCUCAUCAUCAAGUUCUUCUAAUCACAUCACCAACAAAGUUGACCAUUUUGUUUCAAUGGGUUUUGCCAAAACAAUGGUGGUCCAAGCAAUCAAGGAAAAUGGCGAGGAUAACGAAGAUGCAAUACUUAACAGUCUUCUAACAUACUCGGUUCUUGAGAACACUCCUGGAGAUAAUCUUUGUUCGUCUGAGCUGAUGAUGAACACACCUAUACAUGUAGAUGAGGACAAUCUAGAUGACUUUUCAGAUUGUGAUAGUGCUUAUGGAGAUGCAGAGGGAAGUGGCAAAGACAAGACCAUAUCAGUAUUGGUUGACAUGGGCUACGAUCUUGAGGAUGCUCUGAUUGCUAUUGAGAGAUGUGGUUAUGAUGCUGCUAUUGAAGAACUGACAGAUUUUAUAUGUGCUGCUGAAAUGGCGAAAAAUGCUGAUGUGAUAGAGUUUGGAGCACAUACUCAGAAUCAGACUGCCCGGACAGACAAGAAGAGAAAACCUUUCCAAAUCAGUGAGAGACAUAAAAGACCUGAAAAGCGGCCACCAGCAAGAAGGGUAGAAUUCAGCAGUCGUAAAAUGAUGAUUGGAUUUGGGAUUCCAGGCUGCAAUAUUCCUGUAUGUUCUAGAAAACUACCUGAAGAUGUUGUGGGUCCUCCAUACUUCUAUUAUGAGAAUGUGGCCCUUACUCCAAAGGGGGUUUGGGAAGAUAUUUCUCGGUUCCUAUAUGACAUAGAACCAGAGUUUGUGGAUUCCAUCUACUUUUCUGCAGCGGCAAGGAAAAGGGGUUACAUACAUAACCUCCCCAUCCAGAACCGACAACCUUUACUUCCUAUUCCCCCAAAGACGAUUCAUGAGGCACUACCAGAGACAAAGAGGUGGUGGCCUGCAUGGGAUAGGAGGACAAAGCUAAAUUGUCUAUUGACUUGCAUUGGAAGUGCCCAAUUGACUGAAAGAAUCAGGAAGAGGGUCCUAUCUGACGAACCUUCUGAAUCUGAUAAAAAGUUCGUCAUCGAGCAAUGCAAGAAGUGGAACUUGGUGUGGGUUGGAAAGAACAGGGUCGCUGUUCUUGAACCUGAAGACAUGGAGUUUUUGCUUGGAUUCCCAAGAUUCCACACAAGAGGUAUUGGCCGCACUGACAGAUACAAAUCCCUGGGCAACUCCUUUCAGAUCGACACAGUUGCCUACCACCUUUCCGUUCUGAAGCCGAUGUAUCCUAGUGGCAUGAGUAUUCUGUCGCUCUUCUCUGGCAUUGGUGGAGCAGAGGUUGCCCUUCACAGACUUGGCAUCACUUUGAAGAAUGUUGUAUCAGUAGAGAACUCCCCUGUGAGCCGGAAAGUAUUUCGAGAUUGGUGGGAAGAAACGGAGCAAAAGGGUAACCUGGUCCAUGUUGAUGAUGUUAGGAAGGUGGACAAUCUAAUGAUUGAUCGAUGGAUUGAUAAGUUCGGUGGAUUUGAUCUGGUGAUUGGUGGAAGUCCGUGCAACAACUUGGCUGGCGGCAACAGGAGGACCCGAGACGGGCUUGAAGGAGAACACUCAUCGCUCUUCUUUGAGUACUACCGUGUCUUGGACUAUGUCAGGUCUUCAAUGAGAAGUAGAGCAGCUUCAACAUAAUUUUUCUUUUAAUUUUUUCAUUGUUCCAUAAAUUAAGUUACAGUUAAGAGUAUCAAUCCAACAAGUGGCUCUAUUGAUUUUGAUUUAUGUCAUUUUGACAUUGAAAACUUUAUUAUAAAGACCAUGUUAUAUUUCUUGAAUUGACAAGAUGGAAAAGUUUUCUUACAAAA